UGCGCCGUCCUUGUACUAGCAGAGGGUCCUGGUGGAGAGUGACACGUGUAGCUCGGAAUACGUCUGGGCACACUGAAGGGCUCCCUCUCCCCAUUUUAUUUAUAUAUAUAUAAUUAUUUAAUUUAUUUAAACUUUCAUCGGCCUCCGUUUAAUUUAACUAAUAAAUUCAAUCUGAAAUUACAAACAUGGGAAGAGGGGAUGGGCGUGAAAAUUAUGAAUUGGCUUCCACAUCAGAGCAAAGUGGAAAAAAGAAAGGAAAGAAAGAAAAAGAUCUUGAUGAAUUGAAAAAAGAAGUUGCUUUGGAUGACCACAAAUUAACUUUGGAUGAACUACACCGAAAAUAUGGUACCGACUUGAGUAGGGGAUUAACAUCAACCCGUGCAGCAGAGAUCCUUGCUAGAGAUGGACCCAAUUGUUUGACGCCACCCCCAACUACACCAGAAUGGGUCAAGUUCUGCAAGCAAAUGUUUGGUGGCUUCUCUAUACUGUUGUGGACUGGAGCUGUUCUCUGUUUCCUGGCAUAUGGAAUUCAAGCUGCUAUGGAGGAUGAACCUAUUAAUGAUAAUUUGUAUUUGGGUGUAGUACUUGCAGCUGUUGUUAUUAUCACUGGCUGCUUCUCUUACUAUCAAGAAGCCAAAAGUUCAAAGAUCAUGGAAUCUUUCAAAAACAUGGUCCCACAGCAAGCCCUGGUUCUCAGAGAUGGUGAGAAGAAAAGUAUCAAUGCAGAGGAUGUUGUAGUAGGAGACUUGGUUGAAGUGAAGGGGGGAGACCGAAUACCUGCUGAUUUGAGGAUUAUAUCUGCUCAUGGCUGCAAGGUUGAUAAUUCUUCACUUACUGGUGAAUCAGAGCCUCAAACCAGGACCCCGGACUUCUCAAAUGAAAACCCUCUUGAAACUAGGAAUAUUGCCUUCUUUUCCACAAACUGUGUGGAAGGCACAGCCCGUGGCAUUGUUAUCAGUACUGGUGAUCACACUGUUAUGGGCCGUAUCGCUACGCUGGCAUCUGGAUUAGAAGUUGGACAAACGCCCAUUUCUAGAGAGAUUGAACACUUCAUUCAUAUUAUCACUGGAGUGGCAGUUUUCCUUGGUGUAUCAUUUUUCAUUCUUUCUUUGAUCCUUGGAUACUCUUGGCUUGAAGCUGUCAUUUUCUUGAUUGGAAUUAUUGUUGCUAAUGUUCCAGAGGGUUUGCUGGCCACUGUAACGGUAUGUCUUACACUGACGGCCAAGCGUAUGGCACGUAAAAACUGCUUGGUAAAGAACCUGGAGGCGGUAGAAACAUUGGGCUCAACCUCUACUAUCUGCUCUGACAAAACAGGGACACUAACACAAAACCGAAUGACAGUUGCACACAUGUGGUUUGAUAAUCAGAUUCAUGAAGCAGAUACCACUGAGAAUCAGAGUGGUGCCAGUUUUGACAGAAGUUCCCCAACAUGGGCUGCCCUUGCUCGUGUUGCAGGCCUUUGCAAUCGUGCUGUGUUUCAGGCUGGACAAGAUAAUGUACCAAUUCUUAAAAGAGAAGUUGCUGGAGAUGCUUCUGAAUCUGCACUGCUUAAGUGUAUCGAACUGUGUUGUGGGUCUGUUAAAGCAAUAAGAGAAAAGAAUCAAAAAGUUGCCGAGAUUCCUUUCAAUUCCACCAACAAAUAUCAGCUAUCUAUUCACCAAAAUGCAGACCCUAAUGAAUCUAGAUACCUUCUGGUAAUGAAGGGUGCUCCAGAAAGGAUUCUUGAUCGCUGCUCCACAAUCUUAAUGCAUGGUAAACAGCAACCCUUAGAUGAGGAGAUGAAAGAUGCAUUCCAGAAUGCCUACCUAGAGCUGGGUGGAUUAGGGGAGAGAGUCCUUGGUUUCUGUCAUUUGGCUCUUCCUGAUGACCAGUUUCCAUCUGGAUUUCAGUUUGACACUGAUGAUGUGAACUUUCCAACUGAAAAUCUCUGCUUUGUUGGUCUUAUGUCCAUGAUCGAUCCUCCUCGUGCUGCUGUCCCUGAUGCUGUUGGUAAAUGUAGAAGUGCUGGCAUUAAAGUUAUUAUGGUUACUGGUGACCAUCCAAUUACAGCCAAAGCCAUUGCCAAAGGUGUCGGGAUUAUCUCGGAAGGGAAUGAAACUGUAGAAGACAUUGCAGCUCGUCUAAACAUUCCUGUUAGAGAAGUCAAUCCCAGAGAUGCCAAAGCUUGUGUGAUUCACGGUAGUGAUUUGAAGGAACUAAGCUCUGAACAGCUGGAUGAUGUUUUAAAGUACCAUACUGAGAUUGUGUUUGCACGAACCUCCCCUCAGCAAAAACUCAUUAUUGUUGAAGGCUGUCAGAGACAGGGUGCUAUUGUGGCUGUGACUGGUGAUGGUGUAAAUGAUUCACCAGCUUUGAAGAAAGCAGACAUUGGUGUUGCUAUGGGCAUUGCUGGUUCAGAUGUCUCAAAACAGGCUGCUGAUAUGAUCCUUCUUGAUGAUAACUUUGCCUCCAUUGUUACUGGGGUGGAAGAAGGUCGUCUUAUCUUUGAUAACUUGAAAAAGUCAAUUGCCUACACCUUGACUAGUAAUAUUCCUGAGAUCACACCCUUCCUGCUCUUCAUCAUUGCCAAUAUCCCACUUCCUCUGGGAACGGUCACAAUUCUCUGUAUUGAUUUGGGUACUGACAUGGUCCCAGCCAUUUCUCUUGCAUAUGAAGCUGCUGAGAGUGAUAUUAUGAAAAGACAACCAAGAAAUCCAAAAACUGAUAAAUUGGUAAAUGAGAGGCUGAUCAGUAUGGCCUAUGGGCAAAUUGGUAUGAUCCAGGCACUUGGAGGGUUCUUCACAUACUUUGUAAUUCUUGCUGAGAAUGGUUUUCUUCCAAUGCACCUUCUGGGAAUUAGAGUAGACUGGGAUGACAAAUACACUAAUGACCUUGAAGAUAGUUAUGGCCAGCAGUGGACAUAUGAACAAAGAAAGAUUGUGGAAUUCACAUGUCACACAGCCUUCUUUACUAGUAUUGUAGUUGUACAGUGGGCAGAUUUGAUCAUCUGCAAAACAAGAAGAAACUCUGUGUUCCAGCAGGGAAUGAAAAAUAAAAUUCUUAUAUUUGGCUUGUUUGAAGAAACUGCAUUGGCUGCCUUCCUUUCAUACUGCCCUGGAAUGGAUGUUGCUUUAAGAAUGUACCCCCUGAAGCCCACAUGGUGGUUCUGCGCAUUCCCAUAUUCUCUGCUUAUCUUCAUAUAUGAUGAAAUCCGAAAGCUCAUUAUUAGACGCAGCCCAGGAGGUUGGGUGGAAAAAGAGACCUACUAUUAAUUCAUUGCUAUAUAGCAACAUUUUCCAUGCAUGGGAGCCUCACUGCUCAGCCUGUUCAACUCUGGAUGUGUUUUUAUACUGAAAACUUAAAAGAAGACUGAUUUCAAAAACACGACCUAUUUUGUAUUUUUUUUUUUUUUUGUUUGUUUGUUUUUUUGUUUUGUUGUGCCUUUUGUUUUGUAGCAGGACCAAUUUUAUACAUGGUUUUUAAAUGAUGUGUAAUUUAAAAAAAUAAA